AUGUUCAGACCGUUUAUUAGUACAUCAUCAUCAAUACUUAAAUCCACAACUACAAAAACUUCACCAAUAAUAUCAUCUACAACAAAUAAUAUUCGUUUAAUAUCAACUACCCCUAAAUUAUUUAAACCUGCAUUAGCAGCAGAAACAACUGAUUAUUUAACCACUGGUGGAUCAACACAAUCAGCUUGGCCAAAAGGUUUUAGACAACCAAAACCAAAAACUUGGGAAGAAAGUCAUGAAUCAGCAUUAAGUAAAGCAACAAAAUAUUUUUUUUUAAGUGAAAUUGCUCGUGGUAUGUACAUUUGUUUAGAAAUGUAUUUUAGAAGUCCUUAUACUAUAUAUUAUCCAUUUGAAAAAGGUCCAAUUAGUCCAAGAUUUAGAGGUGAACAUGCUUUAAGAAGAUAUCCAAGUGGUGAAGAAAGAUGUAUUGCAUGUAAAUUAUGUGAAGCUAUAUGUCCUGCUCAAGCUAUUACAAUUGAAGCAGAAGAAAGAGCUGAUGGAUCAAGAAGAACUUAUAAAUAUGAUAUUGAUAUGACAAAAUGUAUUUAUUGUGGUUAUUGUCAAGAAAGUUGUCCAGUUGAUGCAAUUGUUGAAAGUCCAAAUGUUGAAUAUUCUACAGCAACAAGAGAAGAAUUAUUAUACAAUAAGGAAAAAUUAUUAGAAAAUGGUGAUAAAUGGGAACAAGAAUUACAAUAUUGUAUUGAUGCUGAUGCUCCAUAUCGUUAA